UAGCAACACCUCCAUUUUGUUGUAAUCGUUUGUCUCGAGAGGGUCAUCCUGUUAUCAAGUUGCCUGGUGACCGACUUGUUUCACACAGGACAAAAUGGUGUUUCUUGUGUUUAUCCCAUGUUUUUCUGACAACACUCUAUGCCGCGUAGACAAAGUGUAUGUCUUGGACACACCGUCACUGUCUUUAGUUAAUUUGCCUCCUCUAGGCACAGGCCAGCUUAGUUAUUGCCAGCAUCCAUCAUGUCAAAAGAAGGUGAUGAUAUUAACUCAAAAAUUGCCGUUCUUCUGAUUGGCCUUGGGUCUGCAGCUCUUGUUAUCACACUCUACCACUGUAUUGCCAUGCGCCGGUUCAGGGCUACGACUACUGAUCAGCAACGGUCACGACAAUAUGGGAUAGAAAUCAUGGCAACGCAAAGCAGUAUUGAGAAUUCCACGGCCCAACUCAUCCCAGCCUAUAAGUUCCAAAAGGGUAUGGGCUUGGUGGGUGAUGAUGGAACUUGUGCAAUUUGCUUGAAUGAAUUUGAAGAAGGUGAGGAGCUGCGAACGUUGCCAGAGUGCUUGCACUCUUACCAUGUCGAAUGCAUUGAUAUGUGGCUCCAUUCGCAUACAAAUUGUCCAAUGUGUCGCACCGAUACCACACCUUCUCCCGGGGUCUAUUUGAGUGCAAGAGAUUUGGAUUCUGAGAGGCCAUCAGUGGUGUAUCAAAAUAUAGAUAGGCUACAGGAUAUAAUUAUACAUUCACGGGCACUCUAGUAGCGUAUCAUGCCGUUGUUGUCUCUGUCCAGGAAUUUUAGCCUUGAGAGUGCAGUAUAAUAGUGCUCUACGCACGUUGUUUGCAGGAAUGUUGAGUUAUAAUGUUGUACAUUCGUGGGCGUGAGCAAAUUUGACCGUCCAAGAUUUUCUUAAGGUGCAAUCUGUUGUUUUUAUCCUUGAAGACCAACAGAGUGUAUGAUUAUAAUUUACAUGGCAGGAUUCACGAGGUCGUAAAUCCCAUAACACGAGCCCGAUAUCGCUGCGUUGGACCUUCGACGUUGUGGUCAACAGCCAAAAGCUCUAGCCUACCGAGCUACUCCUACUGUCGAAGCGAGCAAUUCGAGGUACUUUAGAUCUAUAUUUGUUUCGUGGGAGAGCUAUUCAAAGAUUUUCUUGACAUAAAUGCGAUCUAUUAACAAACAACAUCUAGCAGUCCCCCCUAACUCCUUUAGUUCUAAGGAAAAGAUAGCUGGGCUAGCGAGCAGCGAAUGGCAGGCAAGCAUAGAAAAGGGUGGCUAAUAGCUUGAUUGGUUUAAUUUCUAUGUGCAUCCCAGA